ACUUAAGAAUGGAGGGAGAAGCAGUAGCAAGGAAACUCUACAACGCUGUAUCAGAAGGAGAUGUUACAACACUAGUACAAUUACUUGAAGAAGAUCCAUAUCUUGUUCAUGGAGUCUUAUUUCCAUGUUCAAGAAAUCUUCUACACAUUGCAGCAAUGCACGGACAAGCAUCCAUUGCUGAACAAGUGCUCAACCAUAAUCCACGGCUAGCGCAUAUGUCAGACUCCCAGAAAUCAUCGCCUCUCCACAUUGCAGCUGCAGAAGGGCACGUUGAGAUUGCCUCCAAAUUGCUGGCAGCAGCCCCGGGGAUGUGCUGGUGGCGCGACGAGCAAGGAAUGAAUCCGGUUCAUGUUGCAGCCAUGAAUGGGCAUGUCGAGAUUCUAGAACUUCUCCUUCUAGAGAGUAGUAUGCCCGCGAUGGAGAGACUGCACCGCGGGCAGACUGUGCUGCAUUUGUGUGUGAAGCAUGCUCAGCUUAGAGUGUUGAAGGUUUUGGCGAUGAAGAUGGGGGAGCUUGUGUGUGCAAAGGAUGAUGAUGGGGAGACAUUAUUGCAUUUGGCUGUUAGGUGCAAUCAACUCGAGACUAUACUAUACUUGGUAGAAUACAAAGACGUAGGGCUGGAAACAAGAAACGGCAUGGGCAAAACUGCACUCCAAAUCUUGGACGAGAGUCAUCCACGCAGAGUCAACUACACGCAGAUGAAAAAGCUCUUGACAGAUCCGUUACUGAUUGGCUUUGAAUUUUCCGAAGCCAUACCGGACAUGAGCAGCACCAUGAUAGUGGUGGCAGUCCUGAUCGCCACGAUGGCCUUCCAGUCGGCCAUCAGCCCCGCGGGCGGAGUAUGGAAUGAAGAUGACGCCAAGUCCUCUCGCAAGGCCGGCGAGGCUGUGAUGGCAUCCACCCAUCCCAAUACAUACAAGACCAUUAUGAACGCCAACCAGAUUGCCUUCGUAUUUUCCAUCAUGGCGAUGUUCCUCUUCACCAUCAAGAAACAUCAAGCAGUUCACCCAUAUUUCUUCAUAUUCAUGUCCUUUCUCACCAUUGGUUUGGCGCUCAUAGCUAUCCUGAUCACCUUAUCAGAGUCAAUAUACGGGAUCACUCCAGAUGAGCAUGUGAAAUUCAAACGAAGCAAUAUUUUACGGAUAUUGAUAAUGGUGCUGGUCAUAGCCGUAGUGGUCCCGGUAUGUGUUGUUGGUGUGGUGAGUUGGUAUGAGUCGUGGUUCAAUAAGAAGAGGCGGCAGUUAUAUCGUGGUGCUCAUGCUUUCCUACGUCGAAGGACGGACCCAGCCGCUCCAGCGGGGGCUUAGCCAGUGCUGGACCCAGUACCAACAUGGCAGCUCCGACGCGAAGAACCCAAAGACCAAAUUUGAUUUUUUACUUUUUUUGUGUGUUAAUUGGAUUUGGAAAAAAAUGUCCGUAUAAAUUUUAUGAUCUUGUCAUUUGUUUCAAUAUUAUGCUUGUUUUUU